AUGCGUACCUCCACUUCCAUCGCUGUUGCUGCUCUCCUUGCUGCCCCCACUUUCGCCGCGCCGCUUGUUGUUGAGGCGCCUUCCGCUGCCAAUGCCAACCAAGAGCGCACCGAUGGCGGGAAGUCCAUUUUCAACCGCGCUCCUGAAGAGGCCCGUGACGAGUUGAACGGGGUUAUUGCUCAACGGUUCCAUCCAUUCCGCCACCACCACCACCACCACCAUCAUCAUCAUGGUCAUCAUCGCCAUGGUUCGAAGCCGAAGCAUGCACGUAACGGGCUCGCGGCACUCAACGGGCGCGAAUUCGAGGAACGUGGCGCUGGUGGUCAGGCCAUCAACGGUUUCGCUUCAGGUGUGGGAUCUGGCCUCGUGAAUGCUGGGGUAACUGGGAUCGAACAUUUGCUCAACCACCGUGACGAGCUCGCGGCACUCGACGGGCGCGCUUUGGGGGACCGUGGCGCUGGUAGUUCCGCCGUUAAUGGUUUCGCUUCAGGUGUGGGGUCUGGCCUAGUGAAUGCUGGGGUAAAUGGAAUCGAACAUUUCUUCCAUCACCGUGACGAGCUCGCGGCACUCGACGGGCGCGCUUUGGGGGAUCGUGGCGCCGGUAGUUCUGCCGUCAAUGGUUUCGCUUCAGGUGUGGGAUCUGGCCUCGUGAACGCUGGGGUAAAUGGAAUCGAACAUUUCUUCCAUCACCGUGACGGGCUUGCGGUACUCGACAGGCCCGCUUUCGAGGAACGUGGCGCUGGUGGUCAGGCCAUUAACGGUUUCGCUUCAGGUGUGGGAUCUGGCCUCGUGAAUGCCGGAGUAAAUGAAAUCGAACAUUUGCUCCACCACCGUGACGAGCUCGCAGCACUCGACGAGCGCGCUUUCGGAGAACGUGGGUAUGGUAGCCAGGCCAUCAAUGGCGUCGCUUCAGGUGUGGGAUCUGGGCUCGUGAAUGCUGGGGUAACUGGAAUCGAACAUUUGCUCCACCAUCGUGACGAGCUCGCAGCACUCGACGGGCGCGCUUUCGCAGAACGUGGGUAUGGUAGCCAGGCCAUUAACGGUGUCGCUUCAGGUGUGGGAUCUGGCCUCGUGAAUGCUGGGGUAACUGGAAUCGAACAUUUGUUCCACCACCGUGACGAGCUCGCGGCACUCGACGGGCGCGCUUUCGAGGAACGUGGCAUUGGUAGUCAGGCCUUUAAUGGUUUCGCUUCAGGUGCGGGAUCUGCCCUCGUGAAUGCUGGGAUACAUGAGCUCGGACAUUUGUUCCGCCGUGACGGGUAA